AUGAAAGAGACAGAGAAGGUUUCGAAAACUGUAGAAAAGCACAAAACCACCAUCGAUCUCUCAGUACCAUGGAAUCAGUCGUUGACAACUAUUACCACACUUGCCGUGCUGAUUUGUUUCCAAAUUGCUAUUUCCUUAAACCCGCACUCCGGCGAAUCUCAACCACCGAUGUAUGGAGACUACGAAGCGCAAAGACAUUGGAUGGAGAUCACUUUCAACCUCCCGAUCGAGCAUUGGUACGUAAAUGGAAGCCACAACGAUCUUCUCUACUGGGGACUCGACUAUCCGCCGUUAACAGCUUAUCAUCAUAAUCUUCUAGGUGUUAUAACCUACAAAAUCAACAAAAGAUGGGUGGAAUUGAGAGAUUCGCGAGGAUUUGAGUCAGUGGCUCACAAGAUUUUUAUGAGGGUUUCUGCGAUCGUUCCAUUCUACAUCUUCUAUCUCCCUCCGCUUAUCUAUGCACUGAUGAGUUCUAAGAAGACGUCACCGGUUUUGUAUCCACUUUCUUUGCUAUACCCCGCGUUGUUGGUCAUUGACAAUGGGCAUUUUCAAUACAACAGUGUUUCCCUCGGCUUGUUCCUUUUUGCAUACAUCUUCUUAAUACAAAACUGGACUCUGCUGGGCUCCAUGUUCUUCGUUGCUGCGUUGAACUACAAGCAAAUGGAACUCUACCACGCGCUUCCAGUCUUCGUCUUUAUCCUAUCCAGAUCUAUCAACCAAUCCCAGCCACUGGGUACUAUUCUGAAACUUGCCAAAAUCGGAGUAAUGGUCCUCUCAACGUUCCUAAUCAUCUGGCUCCCAUUCAUCCUUACCGAAACUGCUAAAGACGUUUUAAUCCGAGUUUUCCCAUUCAAUCGAGGACUCUACGAAGACAAAGUGGCCAGUUUUUGGUGUGCGUUUUCUUUUGUUUUGAAGCGACUUCCAAUCGUUCAAAAUGUGCAGAUUUAUUUGAGCACCGCCCUCGUGAUGAUAUGCUCUUUACCUUCGCUGGUCUCCUUGUUUCUACAGCCAUCAGAAAGGAACUUCCGACUAUCUUUAACUACAACGGCACUUUCUUUCUUUUUGUUUUCUUUCCAUGUACAUGAAAAAACGAUUCUCCUUGCCACCAUCCCUGCACUUCUCCUACUACCUGAAUACCCAUCUCUAGUCAUUCUGUUCUUGAAUAUUUCCAACAUUAGCAUUUUCAGCUUAUGCAUCAAAGACAAUUUCCCCUUUGCUCUAGUGUUUUUCUUCGCUUAUUUUGUAGUUUCUUAUUCCGUAUCGGUUUAUAACAGAGAGGCAAAGCCCCUUCACAUUCUAUCAAUUUCAAUUGGCUUUCUAAUUUGUAUCCUUGAGAUGUACGGGCCAGCCAAUCAACGGUUCCCUCACAUUUAUCAGUUGGCGAACGCCUUCUUCAGUUGUUUAAAUUUUCUCUAUUUGUUAGUUUCUUUCACUAUUGCUGCUUUUGAAAAAGUGAAAAAGGAAUGA